AUGUUGCGUUUCCUGCUACGUGCAGGCGCUCGUGCCCUGCACAGGGCGCCGGCGUUGGCUACGCUGAAGGUUCCCGAACCGGUGGUGGAACUCCGUCAGCCGUCGCUCCUUCCGCAGCGACGCCUUCGCUCAACAGGCGCUGUACAAGGCGAUGUCGUUGGAAUCGACCUCGGCACAACCAACUCGUGCGUUGCGAUCAUGGAGGGUAAGGCGCCACGAGUCAUCGAGAAUGCCGAAGGACAGCGCACGACACCAUCGGUGGUGGCGUUCACGUCCAGCGGUGAGAGGCUCGUAGGCAUUGCAGCGAAACGCCAGGCAGUAACGAACCCAGAGAAUACGAUAUUUGCCGCCAAGCGUUUGAUCGGCCGGCGCUACGAAGACCCGGAGGUUCAACGCGAUGUGAAAAUCAUGCCCUAUAAAAUCGUUCGUGCCGACAACGGGGACGCCUGGGUGGAGGCCCAAGGCAAUCGGUAUUCGCCAGCACAGAUCGGUGCAUUCGUACUGCAAAAAAUGAAGGAAACAGCGGAGUCCUUCCUGGGCCGCACAGUGAAUAAUGCAGUGAUCACUGUGCCAGCCUACUUCAAUGACGCACAACGGCAAGCGACGAAGGAUGCUGGUCGUAUUGCAGGGCUCAAUGUUUUGCGCAUUAUAAACGAACCAACAGCGGCGGCGUUGGCGUACGGUUUGGACAAAGCGGAUGAAGGCAGAGUUGUAGCAGUGUACGACCUCGGUGGUGGCACAUUUGAUGUAUCGAUCCUAGAAAUCUCGGGCGGUGUCUUUGAGGUGAAAGCGACGAACGGUGAUACGCACCUCGGUGGCGAGGAUUUUGAUAACGUGCUGCUGAACCAUCUGGUGAGCGAGUUCAAGAAGGAUCAGGGCAUCGAUUUGUCGCGAGACCGGCUGGCCCUGCAACGCUUGCGCGAAGCGGCGGAGAAGGCCAAGGUCGAGUUGAGCAGUACCAUGCAGACUGAGAUCAACUUGCCUUUCAUAACAGCGGACGCCAGUGGACCGAAACAUAUGAACAUGAAGCUCACCAGAGCGAAGUUUGAGUCUUUAGUGGACCAUCUUGUGCAGCGCACACUGGAGCCCAUGAAGCUCUGCCUGAAAGAUGCGGGAAUGUCUGCGAAAGAUAUUUCUGAUGUGCUACUCGUUGGCGGUAUGACUCGCGUGCCUGCUGUGCAACGGCUGGUUCAAGACUUUUUCGGUAGAGCUCCGAACAAGAGCGUCAAUCCCGACGAGGUCGUGGCGAUGGGUGCGGCAAUCCAGGGAGGCGUUCUGCGCGGUGACGUCAAAGAUAUCUUGCUCUUGGAUGUAACUCCACUCUCGCUGGGCAUCGAGACUCUUGGUGGGGUUUUCACGAAGCUGAUUCCGAGAAACUCGACGAUUCCAACGAAGAAAAGUCAAGUGUUCAGCACCGCAGCUGAUAACCAGACUCAGGUUGGUAUCAAGGUUCUCCAGGGCGAGCGACCUAUGGCCGCCGAGAACAAACUCCUGGGACAGUUCGAUUUGGUCGGCAUUCCCCCGGCGCCGCGUGGUGUUCCCCAGAUUGAAGUGAUUUUCGAUAUCGAUGCGAAUGGUAUCCUCCAUGUCAGCGCUGUUGAUAAGGGUACUGGAAAACGGAAUGAGGUGGUAAUCACGAGCUCCGGCGGCUUGUCGAAUGAAGAGAUUGAGAAGAUGAUUAAGGACGCUGAAAUGCACGCUGAAGAGGAUCGGCGGCGCCAAGCAGCUGUGGAGGCGAAGAACGAGGCAGAUUCACUUUUGUACACUACAGAACGAACGCUGAGCGAGCACCGGGCCAAACUCAGUGCUACUGACGUGGAGACCGUCGAAAAGGCUGCACAAGACCUGCGUGCAGUCCUCGAGAAAGACGCUACCGCUGCAGAUACGAUACGCGAAAAGACGAAGGUAUUGCAGCAAGCGGCCAUGCGCAUCGGCGAGGCAAUCUACCGAGCCUCGCAGGCCUCGCAAUCUACUCAGCAGGCGCAACAGUCUCAAAGCGAGACCCCCGAGGCAGAAUUCAAGGAUGUGAACCAGGACAGUGACGAGAAGAAGCAGCAAGGCAAGGGAGGUUCGUAA